CGUUGGGGAUUGCGGGCCCGGCCCCUGAAACCCUGGACAGGAGUCCGGGAGAGAAGAGUGAGCCCCGCUGGGACGGCCGAGGCCCCGCCCCCUUGGUCCCCUUUCUGGGGCGGGCGGGCUCCGGGUGGGGGCGCCCGGCCUUGGUAGGUCUGUCCCGGCUGGAGCUAGGAGGGUCCCUGCGCCGCGCCGAGCAGACGCACUGCCGAGGUUCGGGGCGCCGGCCGGUGGGUCGUGAGGAUGGAGGACCCACCUCCUGCCGGCACUUGGAUGGGCGUGAGGGCGCGGGAGCGUAGGACCUGCAGCUCUGAGUUGUUCCGAGCCGGCCCAGCGACGCCUGAGCUUUACUUAGUCUGACCCUGAAGUCCCGGCACUGGCCCUCUGGCUGUUCGUGGAAUCAUCCCUCGACCUGGGAAUCUCACUUUCUAUGGAAGUUUCCUGGUGGCAGAACGGAAAGGCUUACGAUUGAUGAAAAGAGGGGGCAGCCGGAGGAAGAAUGAGUAGAGGGGUACCUGCCGUGACAGCAGGGCAGGGCUGCCAGGGGCUGGGGCUGGAGGGCCGGAGCCGCAGUCCAGGCUGUGGUACUUCUCUCUCGCUCCACCGGGCCCGGACAUUUCCCGUAGCAGGUCCUCAGAGUCGGUGGUGGCCGGAGGGAAACCGCUUUGAGAACCGGCUCCGGCCCCCUUUGGUUUCAACUCACCUGGCAACUCCAGAGACAGCGCUCUCCCUGCUCUUGAAGUUGAGACCGAGGCUCCAGCAGCAGCCAGCACCCACAGCUACUGUUGCUGCCAUCUUACCUGACUUGAAUUGUACGAGUCGCUGCCUUUAGAAGGCUUUGGUUUCAAAUGAUGCAAUAGUGGAUGAUCUGGAGGAGGCGGUUAAGAUUCCCGUCCAUCUCUUUAAUGCCAGGAAUCUCCUGACAAGGAAUACUAUACUUUAAAUGUGGGCCUUAAAAUAAACAAAAAAAAAAAAACUGAACUACAGCUCCUUUACAUGACAGAGAGACAAGAGAGCAAGCCGGGCUGUCCAAACCCUUGCUUACAGCCUGUCCCUUGCAUUGAGGGUCCCAAGACUGUAGAGUGAAAUAUUUGAAUCCCGAUCUGUUUGUGGGAGAUUUGCUGUGCUUAGGGCCAUGUAAUUCUCUAGAUCAGUGCAUUGUGGAGCAGUGCUAUUAUUAAUUAACACUGGGAUAAUAGGUGUAAACUGGGACUGUUUCGGACAUACUUUGACAAAUGGUCAUCCCAGCUGUGCUCACUGCCUACUAGAUGAACGGUUGGGUUGAGAUGCAUUAGCCGGUGGGGAGGGAAGUUAGGUUUCUGUGAGUGAAACUCUGUGGAAGUUUCAGAGUAGCAGAGAGCCUAGCACACAGAUACUUGGUAAAUAAAUAUUUGUUGAAUGAAUAAAAGACUUCAGAAAAGAUGUUGCUUAAUAACAUCUCAGUUUUUGC